AUCGAAAUGCGUCGCAAUUGUGGCAAUAAGAUCAUCGAAGAAGACGAAGAAUGUGAUUGUGGCACCUUCGAGGAGUGUGCCUUAGAUCCGUGUUGCGAUGGCAUUACCUGUAAACUGAAAUCAGAGGCGCAAUGUGCCAGCGGCGCCUGUUGUGAUCAGUGUCGCCUUCGUCCAAAGGACUAUAUCUGCCGUGAUUCGCACAACGAAUGCGAUCUGCCAGAAUAUUGUGAUGGUGAAAUUGGUCACUGCCCAGCUGAUGUGUUUAGAAAGAAUGGAUCACCGUGUGGACAUACUAAGGCAGGAACAUCGGGUUACUGCUUUCAAGGUGACUGUCCCACCUUGAAUCUGCAAUGCGAAGCCAUCUGGGGCUAUGGUGGCUCGGCGGCCGAUCGGCAAUGCUAUGAGCAAUUCAAUUCAAAGGGUUCAAUCAAUGGCCAUUGUGGGCGUGACGCAAAUGAACAUUACAUUAAAUGCGAGCCAGAAAAUGUUCAAUGUGGCACACUGCAAUGCAAGGAGGGCGAACGGCAGCCGGUCAAUGAUGGCAUUGAUCAACUUUAUUCGAAUACGAUAAUCUCAAUAAAAGGAUUGGAGUAUGAAUGCAAAGCCACCAGCGGUCAAGUGGGCACCAAUGAAUAUCCAGAACAUGGCUUGGUGAAGGAUGGUACGCCAUGCGGUAAAGAUUUGAUUUGUCUGAAUCAGACUUGCGUCAGCAUUUUUCCACACAUCGAUCAAACAAAAUGUCCGACAAAUAAACAAGGCCAAGAGUGUUCAGAACGCGGAGUCUGUACGAAUACGAAUCGGUGCUUCUGCGACAUGGGCUGGGGCGGCAUCGAUUGUAGCCUUGUAGUUUUAUUGACCACACCACUGCCAACAGAAGCGCUGCCAACCGCGGAGAACACUAUCAAAAUGGAGAAGAAGGAGACGCCAUAUGAGAACUACCACGGCUCAAAUACAGUAUUCCUGGUCGGUGUACUAAUGUCAGUUGUUGGGUUCGUUUUUGUUACUUUCACCUUGAUGGCACUGUGCUACAGGUCAGUUGUAGUACAUAGAAACUUCUCCCUGUGUCUGAGGUUAGUUGAAAAGCAGUAA